AUGGUUUCCACAGAUUCUCGCAGCGACACCCCGACAAACUAUGACAUAGUCAUCGUUGGCGCCGGCCCAGUUGGCCUGAUGCUCUCGACAUGCCUUGCUCGCUGGGGCUACAAGAUCAAGCAUAUCGACAACCGCAGUGAGCCGACCGUCACCGGUCGUGCAGAUGGUAUUCAGCCGCGGUCCCUGGACUUGCUCCGUAACAUGGGGCUCAAGUCUGGCAUCAUGAAGCACAAGCCCGCCCGUGUCUAUGAAGUGGCUUUCUGGGACCCUUCGACCACAGACUCAUCCAAGGGCAUCACCAGGACUGGCACAUGGGCCAGCUGCCCCAGUUUCAUUGAUGCCAGAUACCCCUUCACCACUCUUUUGCACCAGGGUUUUAUCGAGCGCGUUUUCCUCUCAGACCUCGAGGAAAACGGUGUGCACGUACAAAGGCCAUGGACCAUUACCGGAUUCACCUCGGACGAGAAAAAGAACCCGGAUUACCCUGUCGAGGUGCAGCUGAAGCACAUUGACGGGACUGCGAGCGAGACGAUCCGCGCCAAAUAUCUGUUUGGCGGCGAGGGUGCUCGUUCCUUUAUCCGAGACCAGCUUGGCAUUGGCAUCAAGCACAAGGACCCAAUCUCACACGUCUGGGGUGUCAUGGACGGCGUAGUCCAGACAGACUUUCCCGACAUCAAGAUGAAAUGCACAAUUCACUCGCGCCACGGUUCCAUCAUGGUGAUCCCGCGUGAGAACAACCUGGUGCGGUUAUAUAUCCAGAUCGCCUCUUCGACUGAUCCAGACUUCAACCCGCGCAAGACUGCCACAGAGCAGGAAGUGCAGGCCUCGGCCAAGAAAAUCCUCCAGCCCUACUCGAUAGAAUGGGAGCGAGUAGAAUGGUACUCUGUAUACCCCAUCGGCCAAGGUAUCGCUGACCGCUAUACCCUUGAUCACCGCGUCUUCUUGGGAGGAGACUCGUGCCACACUCAUAGUCCCAAAGCCGGUCAGGGCAUGAACACUGCCUUCCUGGACGCCCAAAAUCUCGCAUGGAAGAUCCACGCGGUUGAGAGCGGAUUUGCCAAGAGGAGCUUGCUUGAGACCUAUGAGUCGGAGAGGAAGGCCGUCGCCGAGACCUUGCUGGAUUUCGACAACAAGUACGCGAAGCUCUUUUCGACCCGCCCGCCUGACGCCAGCGAAGUCAAAGCGGCCUCGGAGGAUCACGGAAAGCAGGGAGGGAACGACAACGACUUUGUGCGAACUUUCAAGGAGUCUUGCGAGUUUACCAGCGGCUACGGCGUGGCCUACCAGCCUAACGAGCUGAACUGGUCUCCCAGUCACCCCGCCCAGUCCAGCACAAUCAACCCAGAGGGGAACAAGCUGAGACCUGGACGCCUCUUCAUCAACGCAGACGUGACGAGGGUCGUUGAUGCCAACGUGGUUCACCUGGAGCAGGAGGUUCCACUCAACGGAUCAUUCCGCAUCUUUGUCUUUGCCGGCAAGCCUUCGGUGACCAAGCAAGCUCUCAGCGACUUUGCGCGCAACCUCAGGCUGAAGGGAUCCUUUUUUAGCUCAUACCUCCGACCAGACAUCGACAAGGUGUCGUACCACGAGAGGCACAACCCUCACAGCAUGUUCUUCACCUUCUGCACGACGUUUGCCGCCCCGAGGAGCUCAAUCGAGAUCUCGCGUGACGUGCCUGACAUCUUGGCACGCUACAGUGACCACGUCUAUGCUGACGAUAGGAUACACCGCGAAGGAAGGGGAGCAGGCCCUGCCAUGUCUGCGCACAAGAAAAUGGGCCUGGAUGAGGAGCGUGGAGGUGUAGUCGUGGUGCGUCCCGACGGCUACGUGGGAGUGGCGACCAAGCUCGUCGAGGGCAGUGGCACCGUCGAUGCCCUCAACCAGUACUUUGCAGCAUUUUGCACGCAAAAGACUGGCGCUGCUACGGCCCAACUGUAA